AUGGCAAGAGUACAGCUCCUUUCAAUUGCUUCUUUAUCAGGCCUCUUUAACCUCAAUGCUGUCUAUCUUACUGGAUAUGCAUGGCUCUUCGGCAUGUCCGUGUGGGUAACUUUCUUUGGAGGCAUCAUCGCGUACAGGGCUCUUCCACGUCAUCAGUUCGGUGCUCUGCAACACAAAACUUUCCCGGUCUAUUUUGUGUUGUCCAUGCUGCUUUCGUCGGGCCUUAUGGCUAUAUGGACCUUCAAACACCCAGACAUCCUAGUCUAUCUAGCUCGUCCUAAUGUCGCUGACGUGGCCCAAUUCUAUGCUCUUGCCACUGUAUUUUCCUCGCAAGCACUGAACUAUUUUGUCAUUGGGCCUUUGACUAGCAAGACCAUGUUCCAGAGGCAACGGCUUGAGAAAGAAGAAGGCAAAGUUUACAAUGAUCCGGGUGUUUCCGACGAAAUGAAGGCCUUAAAUCGUCGUUUUGGUUCGUUACAUGGCAUCAGUUCACUGGCCAACCUCGGGGCAGUUCUAGCGUUGGGUUUCCAUGGCUUAUGGAUUGGCAACGCUGGCGUAAAAGGAUAUUGA